CGUGGAGACAGCAGAGCCUGCGGAAGGCGGCGGCGGCACCUCAGAGCUGAGGCCCAGGCAGGGCAUGGCGGCGCCGACGGCCCUGUGAGAGCGAAGAGGCCGCGGGGCUCACCAUGCGCCGGCGACCCUGACAUGGGCGCCAGCGGCUCCAAAGCUCGGGGGCUGUGGCCCUUCGCCUCGGCGGCGGGGGGCGGUGGCCCGGAGGCGGUGGUCGCUGAGCAAGCUUUGGUGCGACCGCGAGGCCGAGUCGUGCCCCCCUUCGUAUUCACGCGCCGCGGCUCCAUGUUCUAUGACGAGGAUGGGGAUCUGGCUCACGAGUUCUAUGAGGAGACAAUCGUCACCAAGAACGGGCAGAAGCGGGCCAAGCUGAGGCGGGUGCAUAAGAACCUGAUUCCUCAGGGCAUCGUGAAGCUGGAUCCCCCCCGCAUCCACGUGGAUUUCCCUGUGAUCCUCUAUGAGGUGUAAGCCUGGGGAGUGGCAGGCAUAAACACCCCCUGCCUCAGCAAGAAACCCCCAGGCUCAAGGUGUGGCUUCCAUUGAGGAACCUAGGCUGGGGCCACAAACCUGAAUAAACUCCACGGGCCUGGAACCUUCAGCUGUAAGCGGGGCAGUCAUACAAUGUUGGUUGGGUGUUGGUUUGUAUGUGGACAAGAGGUGGCUGGUGGCUGGCAAAGGCUGAUGGCGGAGUUACCAGCCCACCUUCCCCAGCAAUCCCUUCAAGGAGCGUGGCAGGGCAUAUACUGGUCAGGAAUGCCUGGGUCCUGUGCCCUUGUCUGGCCUGCUUUCUUCGAAGCUUGUCUAGGGCCCAGCUCUGCUAGAGGCUACAGCACUUUACAAGCAAGGUCUGCCUUUUUCCAGCCCCAAGGCUGUGGGAGCUAUACACGAGUUGAAACUCCCUUUCCCUCACUUCUUUUACCCUCUCGUUGGAGCAUUUCAGCCGUUUGCUACCUCGAUUCCUCCUGUGUUGGACAGAGGCUGGGGGCAGCGCAAGCCUUCUUCUUGCCCGUCUGUUCCCACCCCCAAAUGGAUGGACAGUUUGCUAGCUGGUAAUAGGAGUAGAGGCUGGUGUGGGAGGCUUCUCCCUCUACCCAGGGCUGGGCUGAUCCCUCCCCACUGUGACUAGUUGUUGUCCCACCCCACCGCCAAGUUGAGGGGACAUAGGCUAGGGAUCAGGAAGGGACCUGGAUGCCUGUGCUUAUGGGGAGUCGCCCCAUUCUACCUACUCUGUCUAAUCCCCCUUGCCCUUACAUGUUCACUACCCUGUGGUAAGGGACAGCACCCCAGGGAUGGUGCCAGUAGUUCUGAGGAGCCCACCACCCCUUCCCUACAGUAUACCCAUCCCUUCAGGAUCAGUCAGGAGAAAGUACGGGAGCCCCUGGGUAGGGACAGAAAGGAGAGAACAACCAUAAAAGAAAUAUUUAAAAUGUGAAAGCUUGUAAAUAAUCUAGUCCGUGAUGUUGUUGGGGCAGUCUGAUUUCUACGUAGAAAUGAUUUUUUUUUUAAUUCUUUACCGUGCAAACUCUGUGCUUUAAGAGUGUUAAGAAAUGGCUUGGGGAGGGUAGCCCUCAAUAUAAGAAGGCUGUUGUGUUAUUUGUUCAAUAAAAUUAUUUGUAGACCCUGCAUACAA